AUGGGACCUGAGGCGCCGCAAACCCCAAGUCUCAUUGACGCCAGCAUCUCUGAGCUCCAACAAGCUUUGACUUCGGGGUGGACGACGAGUGCUGAACUAGUAGCACGAUAUCUGCGAAGAAUAAGUGUGUAUGAUGCGUCUGGACUUACUUUAAGUGCCAUUCCCAUUCUAAGCCCGUCUGCCUUCGCGGAGGCCGAGGCAUCUGAUGCACGAAGGGCCGCCGGACUCUCACCGAGACCCCUAGAGGGUAUCCCUUACCUUGUCAAGGACAGCAUCAAGGUAAAGGACAUGACAGUUGCCUCUGGGUCUCCUGCCUUUGAAGGUCUAAUCGCUACGGAUGACGCUGCUUGUGUGAAAAUUCUUCGAGAUGCAGGAGCUGUCCUUCUGGGCAGAACUAACAUGCCCGCUAUGGCGUAUGGGGGCAUGCAGCGUGGUUCAUAUGGUCGCGCUGAAAGCGCAUACAAUAUGGAAUAUUUGACGGCAGCAUACGGAUCGGGAUCCUCCAAUGGCUCUGCCACGGCAACCGCUGCGAACUUCUGUGCCUUCAGCUUGGGAUCUGAGACUGUUUCCUCUGGAAGAUCUCCAGCGUCAAAUAAUUCGAUUAUUGCGUACACACCGUCCAAGGGCCUCCUUCCGAUCCGUGGAGUGUGGUCACUAUACCCAACAUGCGAUGUAUUGGUGCCUCACACGCGUACCCUGUCCGAUCUCUUCCAGGUGCUUAAUGUGCUCGCCGUCACUGAUCAUACUCCUCAAGGAGACUUUUGGAACGAGCAAAAGAUUAUCCCCUUUCCAUCGAUUGAGACCAUCCGUCCUCUCAACUUCGAGGAACUAGAGAAGCCCUCUUCACUCCAUGGUAAAAGAUUGGGGGUACCAUCCAUGUUUAUUAACGGGAAAGACCCUCUUCCGAACAAAAUACACACGAGACCCUCAAUCAUGAAGCUCUGGGAAUCGACAAAGCGUGAACUGGAGUCCUGUGGUGCCACUGUUGUCGAAGUCGAGUUUCCCCUCCUCUCCACAUAUGAAGCCAACGUCCAUCGCAACCAAUUAGUGACCAUCAAAGAUCUCCCAGAGAAAUGGCCCGCAAGGGAAAGGAGCGAUCUUGUUGCCCAUGCUUGGGAUGACUUUUUGGCUACCAAUGGCCAGCCAGGAUUGGAUUCUCUCGCAUGCGUGAACCCAGACGACAUAUUUCCCCUUGCUCCUGGGUCCCUCCGAGGCGCACCGAUCCCAGCGAACCAGCUUCAAUGGAAACAAAUUGUCGAAUAUCCGACGACAAAGCAAGGCUCUAUUUUGGAUGUCCCAGAUAUGGAGCGGGCAUUGAAGGCCCUGGAGACCGCACGGAAGGAAACACUAGAGGAGUGGAUGGACAAGCAAGGCUUGGAUGCGAUAGUUUUCCCGGCGAAUUCGGAUAUUGGACGCGCUGAUUCCGACGUUAAUCACGAAUCUUCUCAGUUCGCCUGGACAAAUGGGGUGAAGUAUUCCAACGGAAACCAGGCUAUCCGUCAUCUGGGUGUUCCUACCAUCUCGGUCCCGAUGGGACUAAUGGAGGACACAAAAAUGCCUAUCAAUUUAACAUUUGCAGGAAAGGCGUAUGAGGAUACUAAGCUUCUUGAAUAUGCGUAUGCCUUUGAAGCGGCGACAAAGCACCGCGCCGUGCCGCCACUCGUGCCUGGACUGGAUACGGAUGUUCUGAAAACUCCACGCAAUGAACGCUCUGCACCUCUCACUCGUGUGGAAACGGCGCAGAUCGAAGUGCAGGCUCAGUCCAAGGAAAUUGUCGGUUCGACUGUUAGUGUUCAGGCUCAAGGAGUUUUGAAACUCGGCGAGGAUACCACAGUGGAAGAUCUCAGCUGCUAUGUCAACGGAAAUCCGGUUGAGGUGACCGUGGAAGGAAAUCAAUGGCAGCUGGCAACAACAUACGCCAAAUCUGCUCGUGACAGCACGUGGUCUCGAUGGAGGAGCCCAGCUGCUCACCAGGUCAUAGUCAUCCUUGUUGCGCGCUUUAGCAAUACGUCUGCAGCUGGGAAACUACUUUUGCUCUAG